AAUUCCUCCCAAUUUGAAGCGUUAGUUUGGCAAUUCCGCGCAUUGUUACGAACGGCAAAUCGGCCGAAGAGAGAAAAAAGAAGAAAAAAAAAAAGAAAAGAAGAAAAAGGACCAAUGGACGGGCGAGCUGACAGACGAGUGACACAAUACCCCUCUUUGCAACCACUUUGUUAGCAGUUGUAAACUCCUUUUUUUUUUUAUUACCCCCCCAUAAAAAAAAACUGAGCGCCAUUCAUCAGAUCCACUAAGCGCAGUUUACUUAUGGCCCCUCCGCGAAGGCAUUUCCUCCAAUAAGUAUCCAUUGACGCAUUUUCGCUUGCCAUUUUAACCCAGUCGAGAAGGAACCCAAAGUACACACUGCACACUUCCGUGGGGGCAAUUUUUCCUCGAUUCGAUUAACAUAUGGGAAGGCAGCCCAAAUGAUAGGAAGCACAUUUUUACAUAUACACUUGAAAAGGCAAGGAAGAAAAAAAAAAAAGGAAAAUAUCCCCUGCAUGCAUUUAUUAUUUGCCCUAUUUGUGUGACUUCCCCCCCUUUUUGAGAACCCUGCUACGUAUGUCCCCCGAGGGGGCACCCCUGAAAGAACAAUUUUUUUGUACAUACAAAAUGACCAACGUGGUUAGCGCUCGUCCGAAAGAAGAAAAGGAUGAUGCGUGGCUAAAUUUGAAUGACAUAAGACAGAACGCGAAGAAGCACAACUGGCAGGAGAAUCCUGGGAAGCAAAACAAUUACAUUUUUUCGAAAGACAAUGUGAAGAUAUGCAUCAUAGGAUUGAAGGGGCUGGUGACAAUAGAUAUCCGACUGAUAAGCGGAGUCAACUACAAAAUGUGCAAAAGCAAUUUGAAGAAGGAAGAAAUAUAUGACUUAUUCUCCACGAGUAGCUUUUUCAAUUACACAAAUGAUGUGCUCGAGAAAACGGUUUUGUGCAACAGUUACAAUUUAACUGUGAAGGAAAAAAUUGACCUUUUCAAUAAAAACGACAAGUCAUUUUUGCAGGGGUUGAAAUGCAACGAUAUCCUUUUCCGCAGCCGUGGGGGGGCAAAAAUGGGCACAACGAAGGUGAGAGGCGCAAUAAGCACCUCAAUAAGCAGCUCAAUGAGCAGCGCAACAAAGGGGGAGCGGAGGGGGGAACACAAUUCGGUGGGCCUCCCUGAGGAGAAGAAAGUGCAAGUCCAGCCGGAGCUUCAACCAGAGGGAGACAAACAGUUACAAAGGGAAAAUGCACACAUUAGGAAUGGCCUUCACAAAAAUGCGCUCGAUGUGACCCCAUUCAGUAAGGCAGUUCUCUCCAAGGAGGAGGAUAAGGACAACAAAAAGGUUGUGAAAAAAAUUUGCCUUUUUAACAAACACCCUCGUGAUAACGUCAGCGAAAAGGCGAAAGGGUGUCCAAUCGAAGGGGGAGAAAUUUCCCGAAAGGGAAGUGCCAACCGGAAGGAGAAAAAAAACUGCAGCGAUUAUGGUGUAAAGAAAGGAGACGUAGAGGGGGAAACGACUUCACCACCUCAUAUGCUGAAGGACCAUACGAGCGAAAUUGAAGAGGCGGAAAAGUUAAACGUAGAUAGUUCCCAAGUAAGCACAGAGAUAGAUGCUAAUAAGAAUGGGACGCAUAAGACGAAGGGAAAAAAACAAAAUCUCAAUGAUAACCCUGUCCGUAACAAACAACAGUUGACACCCUCCCCGGGGGGAGAAAACGACGUGGCUACUCCGCAUAACAAUCCACUUGGCAAAUUCAACUCAGGAGAAAAUUCCUCCCUACGUUAUGCUAGCACCAAGGGGAAUAGCAAAGAAUGCCUCGAAUGGUGCGACACGUUGAGUAGCAAGAGAGAGUGCCUUAUGUCCAAGUCAUUCACCACGCAUUCGCUCAGCGAGGAAGACUUAAACAACGAGGCGUUGCAUCGAAUGAGCGCUAGUGAGGAGGAAACAGCUAAUUGGUGCAGCGGGGAGGGGCACACAAAUGGGUUGGAAAGUGGUUCCAAAAAUGAUCCCACAAAUGGGUCGGAAAAUGGUCCCAAAAAUGAUCCCACAAAUGGGUCGGAAAAUGGUCCCAAAAAUGAUCCCAAAAAUGAUCCCAAAAAUGAUCCCAAAAAUGAUCCCAAAAAUGAUCCCACAAAUGGACCACCUUUACACGCCGCCAAAACGCAUGACACAGAUUUGGCGCCCAGCAGGAAGGGGGGGGAGUGGUGUGUAAGGGAAGGGUCUCCUUCCCAUCCGGAUUGCCCCCCCGGCGAUGAUGUGGUCGAUGGGGCGGAAGGCACAAACGGACACCUUGAGAAAGUGACUGAUGAAGGGGGGAGUCCCAUCGACUGCAACGCGGGUCACAAAACGAACACGGUUAAUAUAUACAUACAAAAUAACACGGUGCAGUACUAUGGGCCGAAAUAUAGGCACGGCAGGAAGGGCAAGGCGAGGUGGGCGUGGGGCGAAGAGGGUCUAAGCCACCUGAGGGAUUAUCGCAGUUGUGGGGACAAAUGGGGCAGCAAGUGGGGCAACCAGCGGGGAAACAAGUGGGAUAACCACUGGGACAACUGGGACUACUAUCGGGACGAUCGCCGGAACAACUGGCACGGGAAUUACAAUCAUCACGAUCAUUACGAUCAUUACGACCGUUACAAUCGUUAUAGCCAGCCUGGGACAAAAAGCCUCCUCAAUGGACAGAGCUUCCAUUCCCGUAACUCCCAUCACUUGGCCGCGCGAACACCCGGAAAAUACAACUACAGGGAUAAGUACAGCGCGUAUUACAUUCCCAGUUGGGCUAAGCGCGUCCCGAAAUAUUACACAGCAGAUUCGCGUAAGGCUCACUAUUAUGGUAGUGUGGGAAUGGUAGGCUCGCGCGAAGAGGCAACCUCUAUCAAUGCAGAAGGAUAUGAAAAAAAUGGCAAAUCUGGUUAUCCAUUUUGGGGGGUACAAAAAGGCAAAGGUGCUCACCACGUUUAUGAUGAAAGUGGUUUUUAUAUAACUCAAAAUAGGAACAAUUAUACGCGUAGAAAAUACAAUGAAAGAAAGCCAAGCGACGCGUUGCAGCCAUAUGAAGCGCAUAUAAAUGUAAAGGAACUUGAGAAGGACAUAUACUACAAGCUGUCCUAUUUAAAGCACUUCAAACAUGACUAUACCAAGUCGAUCCCCAGAUAUUUCUGCACCUUUAGACAUUUGCUUGCCCCAUCCAGGACAAGGAAAAGACCCCUGUGGCUACAAAACAUGCUAGAUACGAAUAAAUGUGGCUACUGUGAUGAGCAGUUUUCCAGUUUGAAGAAUUUGGAAAACCAUUUCGUUCAUGUGAAAACGCAUAGAAUAUAUUACUGCUGUGGGAAGCCCUUCUCUUCUUUGAAAUAUUUGUCUAUUCACCUCAGGCGGGAUAACCACUAUGGGUACGUUUACUAUUAUUAA